AUGACCUCCAUGCAUGGCCUGCGAAGUCAGGCCUCACUCGCCUCGAAGGCCAUCGAAGUGUUGGAGGCUGAGAAGGCGGUUCUGGCCAAGGGCCUACGGGAACUUCAGCGUCAAGGCUCCAGUCAUGAGUGGCGGCUUCCGCGAUGGCAGCAGCGUCUAGAGUACCUUUCGAUGGACUCCAAAGACGCCAAGGGCGUCUACAUCGACUCCGCCGACUUUGAGUUGUCGCCUGGCUUGGGGCCCUACGCGUUGCGCUUUUACCCCCGCGGAGUUGCGGGAGGCGAUGGCCUUUGUGCCGUGGGCGUCUUUGCCACUGGGUGUCCCUCCGAGGCACUCCCGCUCCGCUUGGACCUCCGCAUCGGCGAGCUCCGCCGGCGAGCCACGGCCCAGAACGAGGCUGAUGGGGUGCUAUGGCUGGCCCAUAGCUUCGCACCUUUGGAGGCGUUGCAGGAUGAACUCCUCUUAGGUGCCGAGGUGCCACCCUUCGCAUGGAGCAGUCUGGAUGUGCGCGUGGUGCGGCCCAAG